UGGAGCUCUAAGCCUCUUCUAAAUCUUGCUCUUCUUGGCGAAUCGCAGGUAGAACUUUGACCCGCGCAACGGGGAAUUCCUUCGAUCGCUUUGCCAAGUUUGGGGUUUUACAAGGGCUUUUCCCUCUUCUUCUAAUUUUGAAUAUCAACAACCAAUCCAAUUACAGUUAGGGCACGAUUUAUUCCAUUCCAAAGGGUUUUCUCAGUAGGAUAGCAAUGGGCGGCACCGGCGAUCGAACUGCUAACCUAUCUCAUACUUUCAAGUAUUUAUUCGCUACGCAGUUCUUGUCGAGGGUGAUCCCCUUCAUAUUUAAUUCAUGGAUCGUCAGACACCUCACUGAACAAGACUAUGCGCUUUUUGCUGUACAAUUCCACUUGUUUGUCACUUGUGUUUUGUUCUUCAGUCGAGAGGGUUUCCGGAGAGCAUGCAUGAGAGCAGACAUCAAAUGUGAUGGUGCUUCACUAGGAGAAAAUGCAGCAAAGCUUUUGAAGGUAGCCUGGAUGACUGUCCCAUUUGGAAUAGUUAUUACAGUUGCAGCAUGCAUACUUGUCUUCUGGUGGAAAGAAUUAAGUUAUUCUGAUCCUUAUGCCCAAGCAAUCUUGAUUAAUGGUCUUGCAUGCAUUUUGGAGCUAUUGGCAGAACCCUUGUAUAUUCUUUCCCAGAAUAUGCUUUUUCUCAGACUGCGGUUAAUAGCAGAGACUGCGGCUACUUUUUCUCGCUGUAUAACAACCUACAUCCUCAUUGUCAAGCAACCUGACUUGGAGAAAGGGAUUGUAUUUGCUUUGUCACAAGCUGCAUAUGGAGCUUGCUUAUUCAUAAGUUAUUGGGGCUACCACCUCUUUUUUCAUGUAUUUAACCAUUCUGACCUUUUCCCUUUCAGAGCAGGAUAUAUCAUGGAUUAUGAUAAACCACUCUCAGACAUGUGUAUAUUGUUUACUCUUCAAUCGAUUCAAAAAUUAAUCCUUCAAGAAGGAGAAAAGUUUGUUCUUGUAUGGUUGGAUACACCAUAUAAUCAAGCAGUAUAUGGUCUUGUUGAUAAAUUAGGGAGCCUGGUGGUGAGGUUGGUUUUUCUUCCCUUCGAAGAAAGUUCAUAUACCACUUUUGCAAGAUUGGCAUCAGCGGAAGGUUCACCCAAAAGCUCAAAGUUACAAAGUUGUCUGACUGAUGCUCUCAAGCUGGUUUUGUUAAUUGGGCUUGUGGUUAUGGCAUUUGGUCCAAGCUAUUCGUACUCUCUCAUCAGAUUAUUAUAUGGCGAGAAGUGGAGUGAUGGUGAAGCAUCAUCUGCCCUCCGAUAUUAUUGCAUUUACGUCAUUGUUUUAGCUAUUAAUGGGACAUCUGAGGCAUUUCUUCAUGCAGUUGCAACAGAGAACCAACUCAAGCGUUCAAAUGACUCCUUGGUUGUAUUUUCAUUGAUCUACAUUAUAAUGAAUGUCUUGCUGAUACAAUCAGCUGGUGCUGUUGGAUUAAUUGUUGCAAAUUCCUUGAAUAUGAUUUUUAGGAUUAUUUAUUCGGCGGUAUUCAUCAAGCAUUAUUUUAAGGAUUCAGCCCCGUUUUCCUUUCUUAGUUGCUUACCUUCUGGUUGGGCAGUUUUGUUGUUUUCUGGGAUAGCCACUCGAAUUUCUGAGAAAAUAUUUCUGGAUCAACUGAACUUCUGGCCAACAUUUCUCAUCCAUUUCUCUGUCGGAUUAACUUGCUUCUGUAUAUCAUCCUUAGUAAUCUAUCAUCAUGAGAGGCCUUUUAUCAACAAAAUCAUACGCUUCCGUGAGCAUGCUGACUGAGAAGGAACAGAAUUUUUUGUACACGAUCGGAGGUCAAGAUAUAUGAUGGGACAUACAUAGCCUUCUUUUGCAACUAAGACCAAGAAAAAGGGGUAGCCUUAAAAAUGGAAAGUCAAUUUGUUCUUAUAGUACGGGUUUGCUUUGGCAGAGGAGGAACAAAAUAUCCCACCAGCAGUAGAAAAACAGAGUCUUCCCGUAUUUUGUUCACUAUUGUUGUGAAAUUUUAUGAUUAAUUCAUUCUUGCCUGGCUUCACGUAGUAGAAUUAAGCCUUCUUGAUAUAUUGUUUACGAUCAAAUUAUUUGUGUCUUUUGAAAUUAUGCAUGCAUGGUCUUUCCAGUCUUCAUUUGUUUCUUGCAUUAUGAGGGUUGCAUUUUAGGCAUCUGUCGAGAAAUUUCCAUUGUAUGAAUUUUUUAAUUUAUUAGUGAUAUAUAAUUGCCGAUAUAGUCAUAGAUAGAGGUGAUUGAUGAGCUAGAAAACUUAGAAUUCAUGGAGCCAUAUAUGAUUGCAUUUAAAAUGACAAAUAAAUUAUUGGAGGAAAUGGAGAAUUACCAUUCUUAUCUGGGUAAAUUACAGUUGACUCUUUGAAAUGAAGGUUCAGUGAGAAAAUAGUAGUAGUGCUCCUACGUUAGGAAAACUCAUUGUAUUUUGCCCACUCAACAAAGAAAUAGCCUGUCAAACCUUUUAAAAUAUUCAAAAUGCCCGUCUCUCUCCAACCCUAAUAAACGACGACUAGGUUGCAGAGCUGCAACCCUUUCAUGGCAGAUUUCACCCAAAUUCGGUGGCAGUGCUUCAUGGCUGUGAACAUUAACAAAAAUAUAAUUUUAGUUUAUAUUUACAUAUAUAUUUAGAUUUUUGGAAAGUAUCUUUAUCUUUUAUAUUUAUAUGGUUAGAAAAUAUAUUCUCCGUAAGAGAGAAACGGAGAGAGUAUAAUUGUAACAAGGGGGAGGCCUCUACAAUUUUGGGAAAGAACGGGUGGCGGUUAUAAUUUCACUAAACCUCGGGGUGCCAGCUGUAAUUUAGCGCCCUUAAAUUUUGUUUUUCUAAAAUGAGGUUUUUGUG